AAACACGCACAGUCAUUGUUUCGGUCGUUUCGUUGUUUUCCGCUUCAACCAACCCCCGCAUAUAUAUCGCCCAUCCACGCAAUCAGCCAUGUUCAGGAAACCGUUUCACAUCAAGACAAGCGUCAUGAUGCGCUCGAGCGACCAGCGGAAGCUGCGACAGCGCAUCCUGGCCCAGAUUGGCGCACAUGCGCCUGCGCUUGCUGCCCCUGCCCCGGCCCCAGCCGCUGCGCCUCGUGCUGAUGCUGAUACGAAUGCUGACUCUGCCGACGCCGAUGCCACCAGCAAGCAACAGGACCGGUUGCCGCUCUGGGACGAGCACGAGGCGUUGACCAUCACCAAGGUCGUCACUUUUGGCGGCGAUCCCGUCACCAUCUACACGAGCACGACGACCAACCAGCCAUUGCUGUUCGAGUUGGACUCGGGCUUGCUUGUGCCAACAGUCUACAUGCUCUGGCGAAUUCCAGCACUCGUCCCAACAUUUGUCACGUCCGACAAUGCAUUCGAGCGCAUCGAGAACGGCGCAGAUCUCAUGCUACCUGGUGUGAUUGUGCGGCGACCGGAUCUCUCUCGCGUAACGGUUGUCGGACGACUGCUGGAUGUGCAACACUUGGUGCAGGAGCUCGAGCCAAUCUCCAUCGACCAAGUUCGUGGCGUUACCAUCCUGGGCAAUGGCGGAGCGGCUGUUUGUGUCGGCCGAGUUGUCGUCGAUGCAAAGCAAAUCCAGACCAUGGGUCCGCGUGGGAAAGCGCUGGAGGUGCUUCACACAAUGGGCGAUCAAUUAUGGCUGUCGGGUGGCAAGGGCAAGCUGCCGCAGUUGCCCGACCCUUUCGUGGCAUCGCUUGAAGAAGAUGACUUGGACUUUUCCGACGAUGAAGAAGAAGAGGAAGAGGCUGAAUCUUCGUCUGCUUCUUCUUCUUCUUCCGCUUCUUCUGCCCCGGCUCCUGCUGCAGAAGAACCUGCUGUCGAGUCGAGCGCGAACAGCUCUGAAGCCAGCACCUCGGGGGCUGCUGCACCUGUCCAGGAAGACGACAUUGAUCACGAUGCUCUUCUCGAGACGUGCUUCUUCCAUGCCUUGAAAACACUCGUCGAGGACAAGCAGCUGCCCAUCACCAACAGUGUUCUGUUUUCGACACACAUGCUUGCCUGCCGUCCACCGGAUGUCGAGCUGGAUUUGAAAAAGACAAAGUACAAGAAGGUCUCAAAGUUCUUCCAAGAGAUGCAGAAACGUGGCGUCAUCAAGCUGAAAGAAUAUCAAAAGGGCGUUGAAAGCCUUGCUUCCGUCAAUCGAGCGCAUCCAGACCUUGUCGCUUUUGUAGUUCCCGUGUACAAGGCAAAGAAGAAGACGGCUGCUGUCGUGGAAGAGGACGAGCCCAACGUGUCCAUUCUCGAGCUGUAUGGUGCCUGGACGGCAGCGCGUCCCAUCUUUACAGAGUAUCAUGAGGAGCUGCUCAAGGAGCACGGUGAUGCCAAAGCUGCUGCUUCCUCGAGUGAUGCAUUGCCGGUUCCUGAAGCCAAGGCAUUCCACCAUUUCGGCAAGGAAGCUGUUUACACCGCCAGUGAGGCUCGAGAUGCCUUGUCGCGAUAUUUCGUGCGCCACAAGCUGAUUGUCGACAACGAUCGCAGAAUGAUUAAUAUUGACCCGCAGUUGGCCGAUCUUUUGUUGACGAAAGAAGAACGAGCGUCUGGAGUGAGCCGAUUGGCGCGUGACGAUCUUACCAAGAGGCUCCUGACUGAAAUGCGACCCUACCAUCGCCUUGACAUUCCUGGAGAUGAUCCAGUCGUUCGCAAACAUCGCGUCAAGCACGUCCUGAUUCGCACUGAAAAACGUGUCGGCCGCAAGCUCGUCACCGUGAUCAAUCACGCAGAUCUUCUGGAGAUUAAUCUCGAUAGCAUGGCCAAGCAACUGUCGAAGCUUGCCGCGGCAAGUGCCGCAGUUACGGUUGAACCGAAUGGAUCGCGUGUCGUUGUCGUUCAAGGUGACGCCGCGUCGGCCGCUACAAACUAUCUCGUCACAGAGUGCCGUGUACCCAAAAAGUACAUUCAGUUUGAAGAUAAAGUCAGCAAGAAGCACUGACGGCUGUCUUCUUCUUCUUCUCUUCCUCCCCCGAUUGAUUGCGAC